AUGGCUCUGCCAAAGCCUCUUGACUCAUUGCAGAUAAUCUCCCAGGAGCCUCCCCUCCGGUCUACUAGGCCAAUGGAGAUGAAUACGCAACUAUGCUCGCAACAGAGCGCUUCAUGCUGGAGUCACGACCACUGGUAUGGAUAUCAUAUAUCUCUAGCGUAUGGCUCAUGCGAGACUGUCCAUUCGACCGCGCCGCAGUCACUCGAAAGAAUAGAGUACUCCACUGCCAACCCUUCAAAGCCUCAAUAUUCUUCAUAUCUAAUAAGGCAGACGCCUGUGGGAGACACGACAAAGGAGAAUCAGUCUUGUAAGAUUGCGAAAGAUUGCAAGAACUUUCCGCACAAAGCGCAGGCUAUCCUUGCUCAACAAUUCACGCAGCGGCUCGCAGACCCAUAUCUUACUAGGCAGGAGAGUCAAGAGCUUGCUGCGCUCACCGAUCUAAGUGUCCGUCAAGUACAAGUAUAUUUCGCUAAUGCUCGUGCGAGGAAGCUCUGUCGAGGACAAGCAAAAGCAUCUGCAGGUACCAAGAGUGUCAAAAAAGCGUAG